AUGUUAUUCAAAAGCAUCGUGUCAACGGCUAUCUUAGCCGCUGCCCUGUGCACCGACAAUGUAUCUGCUGCCAAACAUGGCCGGUUCGGCCAAAAGGCCCGCGAUUCUUUGAACCUCGCUAAGCGAGCUGCGGAACAGCAGAAGUCGUCGUUCAAGACGCCAAUUGAUGACUUCCGGUUUCUAACCAAUAAAACAAAAUCCUACCGAGUCGACCACCUCCCAGAUGUUCCCUUUGAUGUCGGUGAGAUGUACUCAGGAUUGGUCCCCAUCGACAAAGACGACAAGUCGAGGGCUCUUUUCUUCGUCUUCCAGCCUACACUUGGCGAUCCUGUUGACGAGAUCACAAUCUGGCUCAACGGAGGACCCGGAUGUAGCUCUCUUGAGGGUUUCUUUCAGGAAAACGGCCGGUUUACAUGGCAGCCAGGCACGUUUGCGCCUGUCGAGAACCCAUACUCCUGGGUGAAUUUGACAAAUGUGCUCUGGGUCGAGCAGCCGGUUGGUACAGGAUUUGCGAUCGGCAAGCCAAAUGCCACAACCCAGGAAGAAACCGCUGAGGACUUUGUGAGAUUCUUUAAAAAUUUCCAAGAGCUCUUUGGCAUCAAGAACUUCAAGAUCUACGUUACUGGUGAAAGUUACGCUGGGCGUUAUGUUCCAUACAUCUCCGCUGCCAUGCUGGACCGGAACGACACGGAGCACUAUGACCUGAAAGGCGCCCUGGUAUACGACCCCUGUAUCGGCCAACACGACUACGUUCAAGAAGAAGUGCCCGCCGUGCCCUUCGUCCAGCAAAACGCCAACCUCUUCAACUUCAACACCAGCUUCAUGUCGGAACUCGAGAGGCUCCACGACUCAUGCGGCUACAAGGACUAUCUAGACGAAUAUCUCGUCUUCCCUCCCGCUGGCGUGCAGCCCGAAAAGUCCUUCAACUAUACCAGCGACGCCGAUUGUGACGUCUUCGACCUCAUCAGCAACGAAGCCAUGGUCGCCAACUCCUGUUUCGACAUCUACGAGAUCAACCUCAUGUGUCCCCUUGCCUGGGAUGUCCUCGCCAUGCCUACAGCAUUCAACUACCAGCCCGCUGGAGCGACCGUGUACUUCGACCGCCCAGACGUCAAACGUGCCAUGCACGCGCCCCUGAACGUCACUUGGUCGGGCUGUUCAAGCGAGAACGUCUACGUCGGUGGCGACGCCGGCCCCGAGCAAGAGGGAGAUUUAUCUGCGAACCCGAUCGAGCGCGUCCUCCCGCAAGUCAUUGAGGGAACAAACCGCGUUCUGGUUAGCAACGGCGACUAUGACAUGAUCAUCCUCACCAACGGGACAUUGCUUGCCAUCCAGAACAUGACCUGGAACGGACAGCUUGGAUUCCAAUCUGCGCCGGCUACCCCUAUUACCAUCGAUCUGCCUGAUCUUGCGUGGGGAGAGGUGUUCGAGGAGAAUGGCCAGGCGAUGUUGCAGAGCCAGGGCGUUAUGGGUGUGCAACAUUAUGAGCGUGGACUUAUGUGGGCUGAGACUUACCAGUCUGGACAUAUGCAGCCGCAGUACCAGCCGCGGGUGACGUACCGUCAUCUGCAAUGGCUGUUGGGUCGUGUCGAUAAGCUUUGA